UAAAUACAAAGCAUGGCUUGCAUGUGGCUCAAGAAUGCCAGUGGUGGCAGUGGGAAGAAGCCGCCGACGGACGUCCCACGUGGCCACUUGGCGGUGAUCGUGGGAGAAGCAAAGAGAAGGUUUGUGAUAAGGGCUGAUUACCUUAACCAUCCACUGCUUCAACAACUACUAGACCAAUUAUAUGAAGGUUAUGGCUUCAACAAGAGUGGUCCUCUGGCUAUACCUUGUGAUGAGUUCCUUUUUGAAGAUAUUAUUCAGACCCUGAGAGAUGGAACAUCCUCUAGCCAUGUGCCUCUCAAGAAGCUAGACUUCGGCUUUUCCAAGGACUCUAUGCCCUUACUUCAGGGCCUUGAAAGCAAAAGGAGGAGCAGCAACUAAAUGCAUUCAUUAAGUAUAUUAUUUAUUACUACAGCAGUCUCUCUUUCAUUUCCCUCAAUUGCUUAGGUUCAAGAUUGUCCAUGAGUAGUUCUAAACAACCAUGUUAGAUUCACAAAUGCCUUAUUGUUAGUUGAGUUAUUUAUAUUUAUUUAUCUAAGAUUUCUUCACACUUUUUCAUAAAAGAAAAUUAGAUAAAUUGAGUCUCAAGAGC